AUGAACAGGUCUGCGCAUCUGGUCAUGGUCGAAGGCGUGUGCGUGCUCCUGACGAUGGUGGUCGCCAUCAACGGGUCAAUCAACGUCAUCUGGGACAGCGGGCUCGACUGGUUCUGGAUGUCUCUGCUGCUCUUUUUCAUCUCGCCUGCGCUGAAGGGGAGCUACAUCUGCCGCGCGCUCCGCCUGGCCGUGGUUUUCCACCCGAGGGCGAAGCGUGCCCUACCGUGGCUCAUCCCGGAGCGUAACUACAUGGCGGUGCUGCUCGUAGCAAGCGUGGGAAUGAUGGCAAUCCCCAUCUAUCAGGAGUACACCUUGGAGGUUUGGGAGAUCAUUCCGAAGCAGAUCACAAUCCUCACGACGAUGGCCCUGGUGUUCGCGGUGACGCUGGCCUGCAUUUAUCCCUUCAUCCGGAACGUUGACGAUCUCUUCAACAUCAGCAAGGAGCUCUUCUUGGUUACCGUGGCGAUCGUGUGCCUUGCAGGUGCAGUCGUGCAGAAGGCCACCGCGGAGUGGGGAGGGGUGUACGAGCAGAGAUGGCUUGGAAACAACAUUUCUUUCUUCAUCGCCGCUGUUCUCUUUGGCGUCAGUAUCGUGGACCCGCUGCGACGCCUAUCUUUGGAUCCUUUCGCAGCAACAAAGCGCAACUACGCCGAUCGGGUACUGCUCAGCCGCACGGAACCCGACAGCAAGAUAAGAACAGCGUCAGGGGUUUCGUCGGGAAGAAGCCGCGACUCCUCCAGGAUACGUGCCGACAGCGACGAGGAAGUCAGGCCCGAGGAAGGAGAUCUUGGAGGAGUCCCGGGCAAAGCCGAAACACCAACGGCAGGAGGAGAUGGUGACGUUGGCAACGUCGUCGCCUCGGCCGUCAUUGGGAACGAUGUGAUUACCACAUCCACCGCCGACACCAAUGGUGCUGUUGCUGCCGGUACGUGGAACGAGCGGGAACCAAUCAAUACCUCCGUUAUUACGAAGCAAUCGUCUUCCGUAUCCAACGACACAAGCAUCAGCGGCAACAGACGCGACGUCGCUCAGAGGGGGCAGAGGAAGAGGGGUAGCUUCCGCGGCCGCCGUGGUGGUGGUGGCGGUCGAGGCCGUCCGGAAAGAGAGAUGGAGGUGUGGAACUUCGAACGGCUUGCGAGGACGCCGCUGUUAGCCGUCGCGUUCGAGGACUAUUCCAAGAGGGCGCUUUGCCACGAGUCGGUGCUCUUUCUGACCGAGGUUUCUCGGUAUCAGCACGAAGACUACGCUACCCCGACUCAAGAUCCUACCCGGUCAUCUCCGAGCCAGUUCGGCACGUUCUGCUACAUCACAAACACCUUCAUUAAGGCCGGCUCGCCGGAGGAAGUGAACAUCAGCGACGCGGACAAGAAGCGGAUACUCGAGCUGUACCAGAAGGGCGAAGAGCACUUCGAGGACGUCAACGAGGAGGAGCGAAGGCUGGUUUUUGGACGAGCGUAUCUGGAGGUGAAGAGUAUGCUGGAAGCCAAUCUCCUCCGCCGCUUUCUGAACACGGACCGCUUCAAGAGCGUGAGGACGCAGAGGGAGAACGUCCAGACCAUGAUGGACUCCCCGCCCCUACAGGCGGGAGUAGCAGCUGCGUAGACGUGAGGACAUAUAGCUAGCUAGGCAGGCAUAACGAUACGGCCGGGGCAGGGUUCCUUGCUGGAUUUGGGGUAUGGCUACUGUAGACCAUGCUCGGAAAGGUCUUCUAUUUCACACUCACUCGUUCCCUUCCUCUGGUCUUUCAUAUCUUCAACAUUCACGCAGAAGCAGCCAGCCCCGGGUGAUAUUGAGCUAGGUGGCUCACGGUAUGGAACGAAAAGUGUUGCCAUCGAAAGAGGUCAACAUUCCACCCACUGGGCUGCAGGAGUGGCACCUACCCAAAACAUAUUGGUCGAGGGUGGCGCGAGUGAGGUGCUUGAAGUGUGUUGCUGGAAACGAGGCACGAUUUGUUCGGCGUCCCCCCCAGCUCUCGGUGAGGGGAGGGUAUUUGCCCCCAAGUGUUCCGAAAUGCCUUUGUGCGGUGCGGCAACGGUGGACCAACGAUAGGUAAAGUUGGAGUAACAUCGUGAGGUGGCAAAAUGGAUUUGGCCUAUUUUCGACUUUUGGAGGUUGUCGCGCCGGAUGACACGGUUUCACCUUAGGAGUGCACUAUACGUCAUUGAGUUUGAAUAUAAUGCGGAUGACGAAUAGUUAAGAAAACGUAGUAUUGAGGUGGAAUUGCAGGGGGUGGACCGCAGCAAGGGCAGGAAGUCGCACGGGCAAGUAGGUGGUAAGGUGUUUGCCUCGCCGCGACAAGAACAGAAUAAAGAUGUCAUUGUUUUCGCCUGUCUGUAUCGGACAUCUUCGCUGAUAUUGAUGGUUUGGGACGAGACUCGGCCAACCCGCCAAAUUAUGGUGUUCUGGCCUCGUUCGCUUUCUUGUUUUACCCUCGUGUGGCAAACAACAGAGCAGGACGGGGAUGAGGCGUACAAAAUCUUCGAGGAUAGCGGCGGAAGAUGUAGACUACGCUUGAGCCCCAGCCGCAUGGUCUUUUCGGCGGUUUGUUGCUAUUUUUUGUGUUGAUUCGCUAUCUCCGUGAUUUAGUUGUUGAUAAACAGGUGCUCCGGGGUGGGGGAAUUCAUGCGGCUGCAGCCUGUGUAAGUAGGCGUACAAUAUCUUGGUCCGCACUAGUAGCGUUGAUUACCACGUUUCACUGCUGCUAUCGAGCUGCGUGCGAUGCAAGUUCGUAAACGAGCACGGGGCCAAGGGGGAGAGGGAUGUGAAGAGAUCGGUGCAUCCCGAGGCUCCGUCGUUGCCACAAUACCGUUGUGGGAAAUUGUCAAUGUAUAGUCCAGCUGAUGCAGUUCAUAGAAGAAGCUGUAUUAGAAGCGUUCAAGGGUCUGCUCAUUUGUUGCUACUCGUUGGUUGCCAAAAUCGACGCGUUUGGGCAUUUGUUUUGCUAAAUGCGUGUGUAUGGUUGGUUUAGUUCGGUGAUGUGCUGUUUUGGGCUGUUACAUUUGCUCGGUGUACUAAGCCGGUCGCCCCAGUGUUCUAGUGGUAUCGUCGUAAACCGCUAGUCGCAGAGGUCGUGAGUUCGGAUCCCCAUGGUGUGAAAAGUUUACAAAAUUUGCGGGUGGAAGCGAAAUAUAGCUGGAAAGCUCUCGUGAGUACCACACUUCGACGUACGUUAGCACCGUUGACGGGGGAAAGGGACGGCUGGACCCUUCUCGCGAUAUAAAUAAAACUCAGCACGCACCGCGGGAGGAAGGUGGGGCAUGAUAAUAAAGGAAAAGAAGAAAAAAACCCUGGUGUUUACCCCCCGCUGUGUGACCCUGAAUAGUUGUAGUUGUACGAAAUAGGAGGGUUGUUUGUGCUUGUUGUGCUGUACAAUCAUGGCAAGCCUUGAUGCUCAAGUCUUACGAGGAGUCCUCGUCUUCUAUCCGGAGAAUGCCCUACCUAGCCUCUCCCGUGACCCCGCUCACGGGUGCCAGAUCUUGUCAGAAGAAGCGCUUCUUUGUUUUUCAUCUUCCGCCUCUUUUCAUUGGUGAUCGGUUAGCGCGGUCGAUGCUGAAUGAAGAUAAAUAUCGCCAGCACAAACUCCUUGCUGUUGCAAAUGUGUUUGUCGCCGAGUUGUGUGGUGAUGAGCAGUACCUGAAAGUGAACCCUCCACCUUUGGUCACUCCCCAUGAGUCAUGACCCACAACCAAUGGACAGUCCUGUCGAAUUUUCUCCUUUCUCUUAGGGGGCUCUCUUUGGCCUCGUUAAAGUGAACGCACAACAACAAGGCUCUGGCCGUUCCGGGACCGGAGCUGUCUCACUCCAACCCUCACACCCUCCUUCCCCUCCUCGCGUCACGCGUCCGAUGGUAACAAAUGAUGCACAGCAGGAAAAAACGUCCGUAAAUCGAUACCCAUAGUCUUAACACCAACGAUGACAAUCGACACCGCAACACGCGCACGCAUCCGUUGAGAGUCUCUGUUCGACGCCAUAAACCGACGGCGACGAACGUAGCCAGGCAUGUCUAUACCUAACACAACCGAUAGCACUCUACUACAAGGAGGGCUGCGCCCCGAUGAUACCGAUAUCGAGGGAGUGUCUCGAGCCGCAUGUAUAGACUAAUGCGUCAUCCCAUGGUGGCAGUCAGUGUGUCUCUCUGCCAUGCACAUCUCAGCCGUGCACAUGCCGAUGCAACAACUAGACAUUAGGCGCUACUGGAAGUACAGCAGAAAUAAUUACUUCGAAGUCUACCAUGUGGAACACACCACCAACGAUCAUUGUUGGUCUUCCUACGACUGAAAUAGUCUACGUGUGUUCUACCCACAGGCAAACAAAGGCGACAAAUUCUGCUCGCACCGAUGGGUGCGAUAGGCAUGCGCGAGGGGGCACGGGGAUGAACGUGACGCUGCCUCAUGGAGGUGCCUAUGGCAUAAGAGAGAACGGACCAGCUUUAGCCAAGGGACAAGGGACAACAAACUCUCGACAUAAUUAAGAGGUACUUUAAAUACCUUAAACCGACGUAACUUGACAGACAUACAUUCGCGUUUCCAGCGUUUGCGAAGGGCUAACUGGUGACCCAAUAAACGAACGGACUUGAUACGGUGAGGAAAAACGCUGCAGUAACAACGUUGGUCCCUCGUCGUCCGCCUUCUCCUAACCCAUACAAGUAACCAAAACUUGCACUAUUCAGUCGUUCCGUGAAUUCAGACACAAGUCGGCGACACUAGCGGUACAAUUUUACACACAUACACACAAGAGAUGAGCACAGCACGUGAUGCGCGCGUGUAGUAGAGUCCCAAGGAAAUAACGCGAUGCAACGAACAC